GAGGUGCAUAAGAGGCUGCGAGUGGGACUGGGAGAGCCAUGUGACGGGUGCAGGGAAAGUGGGUGCCGGUUGAGGGGUGGCUGGGUGCCACCUGGGAGAGCUGCCAACCUCUAAUCCUGUGACUGAGGGCUGCCGGCUCAGCCGCGACACAGAGCAGCAGGAGUCAGAUACGGAGGCACUUGGCUGCGCUGCUCCACUUGCUCCCAGGCUACCUGCUGCCCCAUUACUCUAACCUGCCGGCGCUAAUACUGCGGCUGCGCUGCCCCAUUACUCUAACCUGCCGGCGCUAAUACUGCGGCUGCGCUGCCCCAUUACUCUAACCUGCCGGCGCUAAUACUGCGGCUGCGCUGCCCCAUUACUCUAACCUGCCGGCGCUAAUACUGCGGCUGCGCUGCCCCAUUACUAUAACCUGCCGGCGCUAAUACUGCGGCUGCGCUGCCCCAUUACUAUAACCUGCCGGCGCUAAUACUGCGGCUGCGCUGCCCCAUUACUAUAACCUGCCGGCGCUAAUACUGCGGCUGCGCUGCCAUAUUACUAUCCCUAACCAGCGCUAAUACUGCGGUUCCACUUACUCCCAGGUUACCUGCUGCCUAAUUACUAUCCUCAACCAGCGCAAAUACUUCGCUGCUCCACUUGCCGCUAAGUUACCGGCUGCCCCAUUUCUAUCCCCAACCGGCGCUUAUACUGCGGCUGCGCUGCCCCAUUACUAUAACCUGCCGGCGCUAAUACUGCGGCUGCGCUGCACAUAGACAUACAUACAAACUGAACAGACGCUACUGCCCUGCACUGCGAUUAUAGCGCCGCCCCUGCCCUUACUCCCAUCCCUCUCACAUCCCCAGGUUGCCCUGCAUGCUGCUGUCUGGGGGAGCCCCGAAUGGGCUGGGCUGGGUUGGGGGGCCAUGGAGAGAAUGCUCAGCCGGGUCAGCCCUGAGCUCUGGGUACGAGAGAGGAGAGGUGCAGAUGUGCCACACAGUGUUCCCCUGGCACUCCAACCACCGGGGGGAGCUCAGUGCUGGGCAGCUCCUCACAUGGAUUGAUACCACUGCCUGCCUGGCAGCUGAAAGGCAUGCCGGGGUCUCCUGCGUUACAGCAUCUGUGGAUGAUAUCCAGAUUGAAGAGACAGCCAGGGUUGGACAAAAUAUCUGCAUAAAAGCUAAAGUUAACAGAGCUUUCAACACAAGCAUGGAGGUUGGCAUUAAAGUUGAAAUAGAAGACCCAUUUACAAAUCUACAGAAACAUGUCUGUGCAGCCUUUUCUACCUAUGUGGCGAAGCCAGCUGGUUCCAAGAAGGUUUUCCUAAAACCAGUGAGACUUCAGUCUUCUCAGGAUCAUCUGGAAUACAGCCUGGCAGCAGAGAGAAGGCGGAUUCGGCUUUAUCAUGAAGAUGCUUAUAACAACCUUAUGGAGGAGGGCUGUACAAUUUAUGAUGCAGAGUGGGAAAAAGAUCAAAAUAAAAUCUUGACAGACUCCACCCGUGUGGAAAGCAUUGAACUUGUGCUGCCGCCCCAUGCCAACCAUCAAGGAAACACGUUUGGAGGGCAAAUCAUGGCAUGGAUGGAAACCGUAGCCAAUAUUUCAGCAAGUCGGCUGUGUCAUACUCAUGCAACCCUGAAGUCUGUGGACAUGUUUAAGUUCAGAGGACCUUCUACCGUGGGGGAUAGAUUGUUAUUUCGGGCAAUUGUUAACAACACUUUUCAGAAGAGUGUUGAAGUUGGCGUACGGGUUGAAGCUUUCAACUGUGAAGAGUGGACUCAAGCCAAGGGACGUCACAUAAACAGUGCUUUCCUGAUUUACCAAGCAUUAAACAGCAAGGGAGACUAUUGUAUGUUCCCCCGAGUCAAAGCCUCUACAAAGGACAGCAUCAGGCGCUUCCGUGGAGCCAUUGCAAGGAGGAAAAUCCGUGUAGCAAGGAAAUAUAUCUUCUCAACUAAACAAGAAAGACCCGUCUCUCACCCAUGGGAUAAAGGCAACCAGGCUUACCUCAGCUACAAUAACAUAGCCAUGCUGACUGUCCUGGCUGCAAAUACUGGAUGGGAGCUGAGCAGCACCCUGCCCAAUAUCAGAAUAUUUACUCAUGAAGAGAAUGACAUCCUGUCGAUAAAAGUGGAGAUGCAGGUGAAAGUUCAGUUGCAACAAGCUUAUUUUCUGCUGUCUGACCUUGGAUUGCGGCCAAACUGGGAUAUGCACUAUUUGAGCUGUGAUGUUAUAGAAACAGCCGGAGAGGAUGAUAAAAUAUUUCACAUUACCAGCCCUCCUGUGAAGCAGAGUAAGUCCAGGGACUUUGUGAUCCUGAUGUCUCGAAGGUAUUCCUGCAAGCAAGGAGAUCCAUAUGUAGUAGCUAUGAGAUCGGUCACCCUAGCAUCGCAUCCACCAACCACUGAAUACCUGAGGAGUGAAGUGCAGUGUGCAGGCUUUCUCAUACACAGCCAGGGGAAGGAUCUCUGCCGGGUUUCUUACUUAAAUCAGCUGACGCCAGGAAUUCUGCCUUAUGUAGAAGAGAAUCUCACCGGCUGGUCCAAUUCUAUUGAAGAGACGGCUUCUUCCUGCAUUAAAUUCCUAGAAACGACACAGGUUUACACAACACUGUUAUGAUCUCCCAGCACUACUGAUCCUGAGGAGACUCCUGUAGAAUAUCGCCACUUACUAUGUAGCAGUAAUUUUGAUAACGAUUAAUGUUUACCCUUGAACACGGUUUGCACUUUAUUAUAAAUGAGGCAUUUGUACAAAGACUGAAUUUUUUCUUAUUAAUGAAGCUGUGAUUUUGUAUGGAUGCUUUGUAAUAUCUAAUGGCCAGUGUAAGAAUUUACAAUAUUAAAAGCAAUUUAUGUA